AUGACCUACGAAAACCAGGGUGAGUUCUGGGGGUCACCGCCUAAGGUCAUACCCCUUGACCCGCUCUUUGAGUCCAAUAAAAUUUUCAAGCUCACGGCUCGCAGCUUUAUCAAAUUCGUGUCCGGUAAAGAGAAGGCCCUAGUGAUGUUCUACGACAGCAGCAGGGGCAAUAACCCACUCGAGGAAGAACUGUUUACCAGUGCUGCAAACGCAUCAUUUACUGAAAAGUUCGGAUUUGGCGCUGUCGACUGCGCUACGGACUUCUGUGUGUGUGUCAGAUUUGGUGGUUGUAACACCCCUAUGUUCAAACUCUUCUCCAAUGGCUAUGAAUUGAGCGCUAUAAAUGACCCGAAUAAAAUCAAUCCGGACCAGAUCAGAAUGCUGAUGAAAAUGACCCCAGUUUUGCAUCAGCCCAGGGGUGAUAUAGGGAGGAUCAUUCCCAUCAUACAAUCAUAG